AUGAGUACUGUAGAGGAAUUCUUAAUAUCUGUAGGAAAGGAACUAGGGAAGAGCCCUGAUGAUAUGAAAGAUUUGGUAGAUGUCAUUGUGAAGAAAAAUUGGUAUGAUAAAGUGGAGUCAUUGAAACAUAUAAAUGAUGAUGAAUGGAAGUCCAUGGGAGUUCCACUUCGUUUAGUAAAUGCAAUAAAGCUUAGAUUAGAUGAAUCAAACAAAGAAUAUUUAUCUCAUACAACUAUUAAUAGUAAAAAUAGAGUUAAGGAGGAAGAGAAGUGGCUUGUAGAGUAUUCAUUCCCAAGUACUGUGACUAUAACCCCUUCUAUAAUGGAAUCAGUAAAUAACUUGACUCAGAUACCCAAUGAAGCUAUUGAGAAGACUACUUCAAUACUAUUUAGGGUAAUUGAUGGAAUUCUAGAUUCACCAGAAGAUGGUAAGAAACGCCGUAUUCGUAUAAAUAAUCCAUUAUUUCACUCUAGUAUUGCAAAAUAUUCACAAGCACUUGAUGUACUAAAAUCAGUUGGAUUUAUUUAUGUUGAUUACUAUUCUGAGGAAUCUGAUAAGAUGGAGUUUUAUGUAGAACUUCCAAUAGCUUAUAUAUCACUUCUAACUGAUUGUCAUAACUUUCUAGUAGCUCUUUGCAAAAAGCUUGGAAUUUCUUACCCAAAGAUUAUUCCUGGGAAUUUUAAUCCAUAUGUAGCUUAUUUUUCAUCUACUAAUACUCAGAAUAUGACUAGACCAUUGAAAGAUGAAUUUGGAAAGCUACAGACUCAAGUUAAAGAGAUUGAAGCUCUUAUUGAAAAAGGUUAUGACGACUCUGAACCAUGUUUAAAGCCAUGUAUAAUACAUUCAUCAGCUUUGGGAGAUUUUGAAGAGGCCAUUCAAAUUCUAAAACAGACACCUGAAUAUGACGACUCAGAUACAGCUCUUAUGACUAGAAGUGAAGUAGAUAGACUCAAAGAGUUCUUUUCUGAAGGUCCGACUUUUAAAAGUCGUGCAAAGGAAUACUUGAAGAUUUUAAAAAAAAGAUCUAUUUAUAAUCACAUUAGCAUUCGAGUGAUAUGUCCAGAUAAAUACAUUAUACAGCUCCAAUUUAAGCUUAACAGCACUACAGAAGAUCUAGUUAAUGCUGUGAAAUGCUGUUUAAACCAAAACAUAUUAAAAUAUAACUGGUAUAUUUAUGAAACACCCCCUGUCGUUAAAAUAUUACCCAAGAAUUCUGUUACCUUAUAUCAAUGUGGCUAUGCACCUAGAACUGUGCUUUACUUAAAGGUAGAACUCCCUAAAGAUAUGAAAAAUAAAGUUAAUUAUUUGAGAGAUGACCUGAUGGGAUCAAUUAUCACUAACACUGCAAUGUAA